AUGAACUAUUUUACUAACCGAAAUGGUCUGCGAUUGGCUUACAACUUUUCAAUAAAAAACCCAAAUGAUAGAAAAAUAUACAUAACUUGUCUUAUGUGGCCCACACAGCUUUUUUGGUUGUGCGGGUUUAUUUUUGAGUUUUUGGAAGCAAACACUUUUAAGUUUGAUUUUACAGGGGACGGAGACAGCGAAGGUGAGCAUUCUCAUGGCAGCUAUAGAAGAGAUGCAGAUGAUAUAGAAGAUGCUGUAAAAUUUUUGAAUUCUAGAGGGUAUGAAGUCUCUGGAAUUAUAGCUUAUUCAAAGUAUACAACUGGCUUAUUUCUUUACUCAGCUUUGUAUGGUGAAGUCAAAAAUAUUAUAGCGAUCGCUCCUAGAUUUCAUAUGCAUGUUUUUCCCAAAUUUUUGGAAGAUAGGAUGCAUGUAAUCAAAGAGUCUGGAUGAAUUAUCCACGAAGCUUAUGGAAGAACAUGGAAAAUCACAAUGGAAAUGGUCCAAGAAAUGAGAAGUAUUGAUAUGAAAUAUUACUGCGAAAGAGCUAAAGGAGAUAUUUACAUUAUCCACGGAGAUUCUGAUGAGAUAUGUCCUUAUUCAGAUUCGCUAGAAUUUGUAAACGAGGUGAAAGAAAAAUGUAAAGGCCAUUUUACCUUAAAUUGCGAUCAUUAUUUUGUGGGAGUUUUUGAUGAAGUUGUCGAGAUAAUCCAAAAAAUAAUUUCUGGCAAUUAA